AUGCCGUGUCGCACCACUGGGCAUUCUGACCGACCCUCUGGACGUCACACAAAGGCAAGCCUUAACAUCUGCUCCCUAAAUCUAAAUGGGAGAGGCGGCCCUGUCGGCCCUCAGAAUUGCAAGUGGAACGAGAUCAACCAACUUGUUCGGGAGGACCGAAUCGGUCUCCUAUGCUUACAAGAAACUCACUUGAGCGCUGACGACUCAGACACCGUCAAAAAGCUAUAUGGCAGGUGCCUAGCCAUAUGGAACUCACCUUCAACAACGGCGUCGUCACAGCAAGGUGUUGCCAUUGUUCUCAACCGCGAACUCGUUGAUACAGCUAACGUACACUUCCAAGUACUAGUCCCUGGUAGAGCUGCCCUACUCCGACUCCACUGGCAUGCCGAGAAACGCCUCACCGUUCUAAAUGUAUAUGCCCCCAAUGCCCCCCGUGAUAACGCUGCCUUCUGGCAACUCCUCCUCAGCAUGGCAGAGAGAGGCAAAUACCAAACUCCAGACAUCCUCGCGGGCGACUUCAACAUCGUUGAGGAAGCCAUUGACCGACUACCAGCAAAGGAGGAUAAUAUCGCCGCCGUCACCAGCUUCCGUGACCUACUACGUCGCUUCCGCCUACAUGAUGGCUGGCGCACGUCUGAGCCCACCCGUAAGGAAUAUACGUUUCCUCAGCGAGGCAGUUUAUCCUGCUCACGUCUAGACCGGAUCUAUGCCUCCAUGAACCUGAUCAAUUCCUCCCACACCUGGACGAUACGGGCCACAAGUGUACAUACCGAUCACAAACUUGUCAGCGCUGCCCUUACCACCCCAAACUCGCCUUUCAUAGGGCGCGGCCGGUGGACGAUGCCACUGCACCUCCUGUCCGACGUCCAGUUCAUGCAAGAUGCGUCCGCCCUUGGAAAGACCGCGAUGGAUCGAAUGAAGACGCUUACAGACGAUACGACACGCACCCCGGGAUACUCAAUACAACACAUACAUGCUGCCUUUAAACGUGACAUACAGACCCUAGCACGGCAACGUCUCCGAGUGAAAACUCCAAAACUGGCCGCUGAGAUUAAACGCCUG